AUGUCCCCAGACCUCGACAUUUCCCACUCCGGGCUGAACAACGCUGCCGACGUCUCAGCGUUGUUCCACUUUGACUCGCUGCCGGUGCCCGACUUCGACAGCCGGUCGUGUGAUGCUGAUCAUAUAUGGGACAGCGAUGGGUCCCUGAAGGAGUGUGACGUUGGCGAAAGGUGCUUCCCAGAGCCGUCUACCCUCAACUCGAGCGAUGAUUCGAUCGACGGUGCGGAACGCGUGCACGUACGAUUCCACGCUCUCGUCAUCCGCCGUCGCGAGGUCUUCCUCUACGCCGUCGUUUCUUACGACGACCUCAUCUGCCCGAAUACGGUAGAGAGUGCGCCGGGUGCGAUUUCGCUGGGUCCCCAGAGCAAGACUGGGCUCAUUACAAGGCCCACGUACCCGGCGCAGGAGAUGUCCCACUACAUCGACGACCCCUUCCUCCUGGUUGACGAGGAUUUCUAUGCUGAUGAAGGACAAUGCCCUCUAUCGUCCAACAGCCUGUACGGCGACACGACCACUUUCGCGAACGACAUGUCAGACGAGGAGAAGAGGCCAACUCGUUCUCCGACUGGAACGCCUGGCCUGACGAACCGUCGACGACCGAGUCAAGCGCAGGAGCGGGAUGAGGCGGAACUGAACAAAAGAAGACAAUUCUCCCUCCCGUCUGAAUGGGCGUUCCAGCCCCAGCUUCCUCUCCUCCCCGUCCUCCGACCUUUGCGCAAUGACUACGGAGCCGGUCGCUUCCUCGUAUCUCCUCCGCAACAUACUCACCGCCGGAGAACUGUGUACUCAGAGCCGGUCGACACGGCGUCGGUGGCAGAACUGGGCCGAAAACCGAUGCGAGAAGAUGCUGGGAGCCUGAGUACGGAGAAGGUCAAGCACGUGCACAGAGAGCCUCAGCUCUGGGAGAGGUCGCAGACAGAGAUGCUUGCCACGACCCACUCGGCGCCCUGCGUUCACGUUCACUCGCCUCAACCUACUCCGAACGCGGGACCUCCCCAACAACCUGCACCCCAGACCACGCAGCCCGAGAUGCUAUGCACGCUUCCUCAAGUAGGGUCAGGAACGGACGUCUACGGGUUCGGUGGAUCCGUCGAGGGCGUGUGGGUUCACCUCAAGGUGGUGCAUGGCAUGAGCAGGUAUGUCACGCCGGAGCCGGAGCCCGAGAAGAUGACGUGCAGCUGGCUCGGAUGCCGGUACGAAGGGUUGCCAGCGGAGCUGUACGCUCACUGGAAGGGUGAGGGCGACCACAAGGGGGCGCUCGACAAGGAGGCCAGGGAGUCUGGUGACCUGGGUGGGGCGUAUCAGGUCAAGACCCUUCCGGGCUCGCAUCAAACAACCCCACCCAGCCUCCACCCCAAGCUCAACGCGUCCGGCGGAAGCGCAACUGACGUGUCACCCUGGCCCACAAUCGCCAUCGCAUCGCGUAAACUGCAACAGGGAACCGCCACGCGAGCUACUUACUCUCCUCCGACGUCGACAUUAGAUCUAUCUUCAUCCACGUUACUCUCCCGCGCCGUGGUCGCUGGCCGCCGGCCUGCCUCAGGUCCUAUCCGCGACCGGGCCCGCGCAUGCCUCCGUCAAGCGUUGCGUGUCUGCGUCUGCUUCGCGUUCACCGACUUACCGCCACUGGUACCCGAUCCGCCUGGGUAUCCGAUAUGGCAGGACGAGCUCGACAUCCAACUCGCCCGACCGAUUUUCGAGGAGCACCCAGGGCUCGUCAUCACGCCUGCCUUGCGCCUUCAAAUUUCCAGCGGAAAGGCCGUGGCUCGCCGAAAUUGGCUAAGGCGGUAUGUGCAGCGUCUGGACACUGUGGGAGUAGAAACCCUCCGUCCAAGUACAAGCGGAGCCUCCGUGGAGCGGAUGCGCCCGAUCCUGUUCGCGAAUCUCUGUGAACGCUUCGAGAAGUCGUCGCGGCUCUUGAUCGUGUCGACGCGCACGGCGUGGAUUCCGCGCUCGCACCAGACGUACAUCCGCGGCGCCUUGGAUUGGCUCCCAACGUGCGAGAGCAUAUUAUACUCGCGGGCUUGCACGGCGUCGUCCUCUUCGGAGGGUUCUCCUUUCCAGCCGGAAGGCCUGUGGCUCGUCGACAUCGGCUACGGCGGUAUGUGCAGCGUCUUGUACGCUUACGCGUGGCGGGCCUGA